AUGUGUAUCGGCAGAGUCAAUGACUCGUCACUUAGCUUUACAGGCACACCAACAUGUCAAGUAACGCUGACAUGUCUAAUACCAUUUUCAUUGUCGCCACUGCCUAGUGACAUAUCACCCGCACAGCCUGUAGUGUUUGUGUUGUGUCCUGUUAGUGUGAAAUCGCUGUGUGCCUUUGUCCAGGUCCGACAGUCCAGGCACACCAACAUGUCAAGCACACCAACAUGUCAAGUAACGGUGACAUGUCUAAUACCAUGUUCACUGUCGCGACUGCCUAGUGACAUAUCACCCGCACAGCCUGUAGUGUUUGUGUUGUGUCCCGUUAGUGUGAAACCGCUGUGUGCUUGGACAAAGAGCACCACCAACAUGUCAAGUGACAUGUCAGGUGACAUGUUUAAUGACAUAGAUGACGACAAUAUUACAAUAAUGUAUAAACGUGACGAUCAUGCCGACAUUGAUCCUGACGAUAUUGAUCCUGUCGACAUUGAACCUGACGAUAUUGAUCCUGAUGACAUUGUUCCUGACAAUAUUGAUCGUGACGAUAUUGAUCCUGCCGACAACCAUCCUUACGAUAUUGAUAUUGAAUAUAUUAUUCCUGACGAUAUUGAUCGUGAUUGCAUUGAUCAUGAGGAUAUUGAUCCUGAUAUUGUACAUGACGACAUCGAUCAUGACGACAUUGAUUCUGAAGAUAUUGAUUCAAUCGAUAUUGAUCCUGCCGAUUUUGAUCCAGACAAAAUUGAUCCUGGAGAUAUUGAUCAUGAUAUUGAUUCUGGCGACAUUGGUUGUACCGUCAUUGGAUCUGAAGACAUUAUACUUGUCAAUAUUGGUUCUGAUGAUAUUGAUCCUGACGACAUUGAUCCUGACAAUAUUGGUCCUAACAAUACUGAUCCUGAUGAAGCUAUUGAUCCUGACAUUGAUACUGACGAUAUUGAUCCUGACGAUAUUAGUCGUGACUGCAUUGAUCCUUGCUAUACCGAUCCUGCUGACAAUGGUCCUGAAGACAUUGUUCUUAACGAUAUUUGUCCUGACGAUAUUGUUCCAUAUGAUAUUGAUCCUGAUGAUACUGAUCCUAGAGAUGUAGAGGACAAUAUUACAAUAGUAUACAAAAGUGACGAUCCUGCCGACAUUGAUCCCGACGAUAUUGAUCCUGAUGAUAUUGAUCCUGACCACAUGAUCCUGACGAUAUUGUCGCUUACGAUAUUGUUCCUGACGAUAUUCAUCCUGGCGGUUUAG